GCGUCUAGCUCGUCCAGUACAGUCGUAGUCUCUCAGCCAACCAUCCAACAUGAAAUUCCUCAUUGUGUUCGCCCUGUUCGCCUGCGCGGCCGCCGAUGUCAGUCAUCUGACCAAGUAUCUGCCUCCUAGCCAGAGCUAUGGUGCACCCAGCAACGAGUACUUGCCACCCGUGCAGCAGCAAACGUAUGCGGCGCCCUCGGUCGGCUACUCGUCAGGCGGUUCAUCCUACUCGACUGCUGGUGCCUCCUACUCGGCUCCGUCCGUCAGCUAUAGCGCACCCAGCAGCGAGUAUCUGCCUCCAGUGCAGCAGGUUUACAGCGCUCCGGCCGUGCAGCAGACCUAUUCCGCACCAGCUGUCUCCUAUUCGGCUCCCUCGGUGAGCUACUCCGCACCAGCCGUCCAGCAGACCUACUCCGCUCCGGCCUACCAGCAGAGCUACUCCGCACCCGCUGUCCAGCAGAGCUACUCCGCCCCGGCCUACCAGCAGAGCUACUCCGCCCCGGCCUACCAGCAGAGCUACUCCGCUCCGGCCUACCAGCAGAGCUACUCCGCACCAUCGGUUAGCUACUCUGCUCCCUCGGUUGCCUACUCGGCACCCGCCUACCAGCAGAGCUACAGCACUGGCUCCUCCUCCUCCUCCGCCGGCAGCUACUCGUCUGUCGAUGCUGGCACCCAGUACGCCUCCAACGGCGGCUAUGUCUACAAGAAGAAGUAAGACGCUGGAAACUGUUCACCAAAUCGAAUCAACAUAAUUGUAAUUAACAUUUGAUAUGUUCUUUACUCUGCAUAUUCUAUUCAUUUGCUUUUUUUUUGUAAC